AUGUCGACCGGUUUCGAAAUUCCCACCACCGGGCUGUCUCUCCAUCUCGGGGAUCAGUCCGGAGAUUCCUCCGUCAAGCCAAGUCAGAUCAUGCGGCUGAAUCUGGUGCAGAGCACUCUCGAUGAUCUGAUCCAGACCUUGCGGAAAGAUCAACCGGCUCGAGUCCGCUUGGGAAAACACCCAUCCAUUCACUACGGGGGCAAGUCCCAAUCCUUCCACGCGUACCCCGAAACACACCGAUCCGAAAUCUACCGCUCCUCCGAUAAAGGGAAUUUGUAUUUCACAGGCGUCCUGAGCCACAGUCUGGAGGUGGAAAAGGCCCAGACUGAUACGGCGGCCACCGACCAAGCCCUGGCGGAAUUGGAGGAAAAGUUGAACGCACACGAGAGAGGAAAGGAGUCGAAGAAGACUCAUAUAAUUUCCCACCCCGAUGAGCUUCGAGUCUUCCGAAACGCUGGAGUAGGCCACACAGGUCCCACGACCAAAGUGGAACGGGAGAAGGGCCGGAUCCUCAAGACUGCUGCCAGUCGUUCCCUCACGGCCAGUCCCACCUUGGGCGCUCACAGGUCUCCUUCGCUCGCUCCCUCUUUUGCCAUGACUCCAACAUCCGCUCCUGUCUCGCAGAACAAAGACCGUGAGAGGCUUGAGGCCCUCAAGGUUCCCUUCAUUCAUUUGCUCGCCGUUCGCGCCGUCUCGGCCAAGUUCCUCGCGCGCCAAACCCGCUCCACCAUCCAAGACUGCACCGCUCUCGGCGAAAAGUUCGGAGUGUUGAACCGGAUCAACCCCGAGAAGUACGAUCUCAAGGACAAAGUCUACAAGGACCUCGAUUUGUUUGGCUUCAAUUACACCCCGGAGGACCGAAAGGAAGCCAUUGAGAAUUCCAUCUCUGCCUUUGAUCGUAUGCGCAUCUCUCGAUCCGACAAACUGUGGCAAACACUGCUCCCCAAGGCUGAGCGAGGCAAAGGGAAGUGUUUGUCUCGACUGAACCUCCAUACUGGUCCACCCCAGAAACCCGCCAAGACCAACAGCGAUGACUCGAGCAAGGAUGACACCGACCGCGCCGCAAAGGGACCCGCGACCGCGAACAGGACUACUUCGGGCAAGGGUCCGGCCAAGGAUACCACCAAGCGCUCCGCCAAGACUAAGACUACCAACAGCACUCUCACCGGACGGGUCACCAAGAAGACUGGCGGGAAGGCCCCGGUCAAGAUCGACAGCAAGAUCAAGUCCGCGGAAUUUAUCCACAGUUCCGAUGAAGACGACGAUACCGACAUGCCGGACGCGCCUCCUCCGGCUCCGGCGCCGAAGCAACCACCGAAGGAAGACAAGCGUGUGCCGUCCAAUCCCAAGAUCCAGGCCCCAAAGAAGGCACCGGCCAAGCCUCGUACCACCGAGACUGCUUCCCCUGCUACUUCCAAGGCCAAGCCUGAUGCCUCGAAGCCUAAGGUCGAAUCAACCAAGCCUGCUGCUAAGGUCACUGCCUCGAAACGUCCUCCCCCUCGGCCCUCUACCUCGCCACAGAAGCCGUCUCCCCUCGGCUCAUCUCCCCCUGCCAAUGCCUCCGAUUCAGCCAGUCGUAAGCGAUCUGACAGCAAUAACCAGUCCUCUGGCUCCUCCUCGUCUUCGCCUCUUAUCACCCAGCUGGCGAAAAACAACAAGCUUACCCGUGCAGCACCGGCUGCUGCCAAAACUGCCCAGCCGAACGGUGUGACUAAGACUACUCCCACUGUCAACCCUCUGAAGCGCAAGGUUGAGGCCGACUCCCUGUCCGUGCCCCAGGCCGGACGUCCCACUGGAGACUUGGAGGCCAAGCGACGCCGAGCGGCUAGCUCCUCCAGCGGUGGCAGCACCGGAAGUGCGUCCCCGCCGAUGAGCUACGAGCUCGCUCGACAGCAGCUACGGGAGAAAUCCCAACAAUUCAAGAAUUACUACACUAAGUACCGCAAGCUGCAUGACUCCCUUGCAGCGAACCCCAACCCCCGCAGGCGGACAUGA